CCACUGUAAAGCAUGGGCGGAGUUUGGGAUAGGGAGCCGGUGAUCCCUUUGCGUUGCGUGUCAGGAAGCGUCCAAGUUUGCAAGUACCGUUCCAGAAGUGCAGCUCCUAGCUGAGCCCCAGCAGCAUGGCUGCCCCAGGGAUUGAGGAGAGCGGCAGCAGUAAGACCAAACUGCCCAAGAGCCCUGAUUUUUCUGUAACACGCUUACAUGAAGAUUUUAUCUGGCUACACGACUCUCUCAUUGAGACUGAAGACUAUGCAGGAUUGAUUCCCCAGCAAAACCCAGCCCAAGAUUUUGAUGGGCCCCGAGAAAAAAUGCAGAAAUUGGGAGAGGGCGAAGGUUCCAUGACUAAGGAUGAAUUUUCCAAAAUGAAACAGGAAUUGGAAGCUGAGUAUUUGGCAGUGUAUAAGAAGACUGUGGCAGUGCAUGAAGUUUUCCUGCAGAGGAUAGCAUCGCACCCUAUUUUAUGCAAAGACACCAACUUACACAUUUUCCUAGAAAUUACCAAGAUUUAAGUGUAAGGAGGAAGAAUAUAAAAGAAAUGUUUGGAGUCUUCUUUAAGAGCAUGGUAAAAAGUGCAGAUGAGGUUUUGUUUUGUGGAGUAAAGACGCCGCAGAUGAUUAUAUUCAUAUUUCGGCUGCCCUAACGUGUAGGUGAAGAGGAGAACACUCAAGUUAGAAAGUACUUGCUAAAGUUGGCCGAGUUGUUUGAAAAGCUUCGGGUGAGCUAUAUUUGUCCAACGAGUUUUUACGCUAUCUCCAAUUCUAAAUCUCUUUUCCUGAAAUGCACCUUCACAAGGUAGAGGAACUGUGUGGGUACUCACGGUUACAUUCACUACAACAAACCUGCCAAGCUGGGUCUCACACUCUCACUUUUUUUGUGCCUGUAUAUGUAACCUUUUACAAAACCUUAGCAAUAAUCACUUAUAUUUUUCAAGUAUUUCUCUGCAAUUGUACGACUGCUGUUCCCAUAUGAGCCGGUUUCAGCUCAAAAACAACUGACAUUGCAAACUAUAUCCUACUACUGACAUUUACUUGUCAGCCUGGCAGAGCGCUAUGGUUUAGGUGUCGGUUUGGCAGCAAAAGGCCCUAGUAUCAGAUUGACCUGAUAGGAUGCACCACUAUAGUUUUGUUCUGCAGCCUUUGACUUUACUGGAAGGCUUACAGUCAGUGAUGCCAUUACAGGAUUCUAAAUAUAUAGGC